UAUCUGUGAAUGCGGAGCUGACAGUUCACCCUGUUUUACCUCGAGUUAGGAAACUUUAAACAGACUUUUAAUCUCAGUGCUGCUUUACAGUACAGUACGUAUUUCUAUGGUUUAAAGCCGGAACUGCACCUUUACAGUUUCCAACAAGCCAGAACAGCGAGAUGGAGGUAGACGAGGUGGUGUGUUUGCCAAGGUUGCCCCGGGUUGCUGUGUGUGGCGGUACCCAUGGCAACGAGCUGUCUGGGGUGUACUUAAUGAGAGAGCUGCUGAAGAUGGAGAAGAAAGAGACGGAGAAGGAGGAGGAGCCUCUGUCAGUGCUGAUGGUACUGUCGAACCCGCGGGCCAUGCUGCAGUGCCGCAGAUACGUCGACACUGACCUCAACCGCUGCUUUACCCACGCCACCCUCAAUGGUCCCAUAUCAGACGCUGCCCCCUACGAGAUAAUCAGAUCUCGGGAGCUGAACGCCAUGCUGGGUCCCAAAGGAAGUCCUGUGGCGGUUGAUCUUGUUUGCGACCUCCACAACACCACUGCCAACAUGGGCCUGUGCCUCAUCGCGUACUCUGACUGCGACUGGAUCUGCCUACACAUAUUCAGACACCUGCAGAGGCAGAUGCCAGAUAUACCAAUGAGGUACAUCCAUUUUGAUGUCUCUAAUAAAGAAUCAUAUUCCCUUGAUUCAGUGGGAAAACAUGGCUUUGCCAUGGAGAUCGGCCCCCAGCCCCACGGCGUGGUGAGGUCAAACAUCUAUACGGCAAUGAAAGUUGGCGUGCAGAACAUGCUCGAUUGGGUCCGUUUCUUCAACUCAGGUACUAUUUUCGAAGGAGGAUUUGUGGAUGUGUUUUCCAUGAUUAAACACAUCGACUACCCAAGAGACGGUGAAACUCGCAACAUCACGGCAGCCAUUCAUCCUCAACUCCAGGACCGAGAUUUCUGCCAGCUCCACCCUGAAGACCCACUGUUCCAGACUUUCUCUGGUGAAACGCUGAGGUAUAAAGGCAAUGAACCUCUUUAUCCUUUCUUCAUCAAUGAAUGUGCUUAUUACGAGAAGGGCAUCGCUCUCUCCCUGGCCAGAAAAAGGCGUGUGAUGAUUCCUGCAAUCCGGGUGCAGACCGAGCAAGAAAAACAAGCUAACAAACAGGAAUAUCCGUCAGAGGAAGAAGAGUGACUUUUAAUACACCCGACAUGAUGAGACUGAUGUGACAUAAAACAUAUUUUACAAAAACCUUUUAUUGAAACAACAGCCGUUCCUUGGAACACGCAUGUGUACACUUGCUUACACUCGCACAUGAUAUUUAGGUGUACAAUUAUUAACCAUUUCAGCUAAGAAACUGGAGAGUGAACAACACAUUCACUGUA